AUGCAACGGGAUGCUCCUGUUAAGCUUCCCCCGCAACCGCCUGCUGCGGUUCCUGCAGCCCCUGCGGUGCUAGCUGAGCAACAUGUUGCUGGUAACCGUAUGGAGCCUUUAUAUGAGAGAUUCAAAAAGCAAACACCUCCAGUAUUUCUGGGAGGUCCUGAUGUUCUUAAGGCUGAACAGUGGUUGACCGUUAUCGAAAGAAUAUUGAAUUUCAUGGGAGUGGUCGGAAAUGACAGAGUGGCAUGUUCCACGUUUCAAUUUCAAGAGGAUGCCUUGAUUUGGUGGGAGAUGGUAUCCCUCACCAAGGAUGUGGCCAGAAUGACCUGGGAGGAGUUCCGGGAAUUGUUCAAUGCUAAAUACUAUAAUGAGGCAGUCUGCAGUGCAAAGCGGAAAGAAUUUGUUGAGUUGGUACAAGGAGAGGGAAUGUCUGUGACUGAAUACACAACCAAGUUUGAUCGCUUGGCUAAGUUAGCCUCUGGAAUUGUACCAACAAAUUUUAGCAAAAAUGAGAAGUACUUGGUUGGACUAAAUGCCAAGAUCCGGCAUGAUUUCGUUAUUACAACGAAUGAUACCACAAUUUAUGCAGAAAUGGUUGACAAGGCUCUUCGAGCUGAAGGAGUAGUUAAGUUUUUGCAAGAAACCCAAGAGCCUCCUGGUGUCGGUGGGACCACUACUCUCCCUAUUUCUGGCUCUGGAAAAGAGAGUGGGCAAGGAAAAAGGUUUAGAGAAAAUCAGAAUAGAGGGGGGCGUCAGACUUACUCCUAUCCAGAGUGCCCGCGCUGUAAGAAGCACCAUCCCGAGACUUGUAACCGGAGAGCCUGUUUUCAGUUUGGUUCGGUGCGACAUCUUAAGAAAGACUGUCCUCAGCUGAAGAAAGAAGAAUCAAAGCCUGAAGCUAAACCUGCGCCUGCCCCUGCUCGUGUAUUUGCUAUAACUCAGGCGGAUGCUGCUGCCAGCCCUUCAGUAGUUACAGGUCAGCUUCUAAUCAACGAUUUUGUUUACACUAUUUUUUUUGAUUCGGGUGCUACUCGAUCUUAUGUGUCAUCAAGAGUUCUUGACCAGCUUGAUAGACCUGGUGAUAUUUUUGAGACGGGGUUUGGAACCCUGCUGCCUAAUGGGGAAUUAAUUAUUACAAGAAAGUGGGUUAGAUCAGUGUUAAUUAGAAUUGAAGAUAGAGAAUUGAGCGCUGAUCUUGUGGUGUUACCAUUGGCCGAGUUCGACAUCAUACUUGGUAUGGACUUUUUGUCUAAAUACUCUGCUAGUAUUGAUUGUAAACGGAAAAUGGUAACUUUUGAACCGGAGAAUGAGGAACCAUUUGUCUUUGUUGGUUCGGUCCAAGGUUCUCGUGUUCCAAGAAUCUCAGCAUUGAAAGCUAGGGAUUUGCUACGCAGUGGAUGUGUUGGAUUCCUAGCAGUGGUAGUGGAUUCCAGUAAACCCGUGUUACUUGGACCCGAAGAGGUUAAAGUGGUUAAGGAAUUCCUGGAUGUGUUUCCAGAGGAAUUUCCUGGGUUACCACCUCAGCGGAAAAUAGAUUUCAUCAUUGAUUUAAUUCCUGGAGCAGAACUUGUUUCGAAGGCACCCUACCGAAUGGCACCUGCUGAAUUAAAAGAACUGAAGAUACAACUCCAAGGGAUGUUGGAUCUAGGGUUCACUCGGCCUAGUGUGUCCCCUUGGGGAGCCCCAGUUCUAUUUGUGAAGAAGAAAGAUGGAACUCUUCGGAUGUGUAUCGAUUAUCGGGAGCUGAAUAAGUUAACCAUUAAGAAUAAAUAUCCUCUGCCUAGAAUUGACGAUUUGUUUGAUCAACUUCAGGGCAAAACGGUAUUCUCUAGGAUUGACUUGAGGUCUGGAUAUCAUCAGUUGAGAAUUCGGGAAGAGGAUAUUCCGAAGACAGCCUUCCGAACCAGGUAUCGUCAUUACGAGUUCCUAGUUAUGUCUUUUGGGUUAACAAAUGCACCGACAGCUUUUAUGGAUCUCAUGAAUAGGGUAUUCAAGGAUUUCCUCGAUAAUUUUGUAAUUGUAUUUAUCGACGAUAUUCUUGUGUACUCUCGGUCAGAAGCAGAACAUGAGCAACAUCUUCGAAUGGUUCUGCAGCGACUUAGAGAUCAUAAACUCUAUGCAAAGUUCAAAAAGUGUGAGUUUUGGCUGUCACAAGUGUCCUUUCUGGGGCAUAUUUUUGGGAAAGACGGGAUUAUGGUUGAUCCAGGGAAGAAUAAAGUCAUAGCCUACGCUUCUCGACAAUUGAAAGAUUACGAGCAGCGUUACCCAACUCACGACCUGGAACUUGCAGCAGUGGCAAAUGUGGUGGCAGAUGCCUUAAGCAGAAAGGGACCUGAUCAGAUAUCCAACAUGGUCAUGAUUUCUCCUCAGUUAGCCUCAGAGAUGACUAUGGAAAACAUUGAGUUGGUGACUGAGAAAUUGUAUAAACUAACACUUCAGUCAGACUUGUUGGAAAGAAUCAGAGUGGCUCAAUUAGAAGAUCCUGAAUUGGUUAAGAUUCGAGAAGAUGUCUUAGCGGGCAAAGCUAAGGACUUUUCAGCUUCUGACAGUGGAAUGCUGUUGUUUAAAGCACGAAUGGGUAAUCUGAACGAACUAUUCAAAUACUUGAAGACUUGUUACAAGCUUGUGUCAUGGAUUUUGGAGGGUCAUGGAGUAAAUAUUUGCCUUUGA